AUGAUUGGUCUUCAAUUCUGCAUUGGGAUCGGAUUCUUCCGGACAGCAUAUAGAUUAAUCAGAUUAGGUCGUAUACCUCCGCCCAACCCCGCCGCCUAUCCCGGUGGGACAGGUUAUAUUCCUCCGCCAGUAAGGACAUCGUGGUGGAAGACUGGGGGUGCGGUUGUGAUUGGGUCCGGAAUGAUCUUUGGAGCCGGUUUGGAAUUGUCGAGAUUGACAUUGCCUUAUGACCCCUGGUAUGAAGAAGCCCAGCAUUAUCGAAAGAUGGCGAUCAAACAGGGUGAUAAACCAAGUGCAUGGUUUGGUGCUUAUAAAUAUUAUGAUCCGUUGAGUUUGGAUAGUUGGAUUGAAAAAGUUGGUGAUUGGAUUAAGAAGGUUGAAAAACGGAUUGAUGAUCCUGAUCAUUUUGCCAAUGUGUCGAUUGAAUUGGCGAAGGAUAAUAAUGUUAUAAAACCGGGUGAGAGAGGGGUGCUUGGUGAUGGUAGUCGUGGCCUUUUGAGUAAAUUGAAUAAUCAGGGGAAAUAUUUGGAAAUUUAUAAUAAAUUGAGAGAUACUAAUGAUCAUAGGAGAAAACAUUUAUUAGAGGGUGAAUUGAAAGAUGUUGUUGAAUUGAAUAAAGCGGAGAGAAUAGAUGCGAUAUUGGAAGGGAAAUCGGAAUUGGUGAAUCCGGAAUAUACAAAACCUAGUAUUCAAUUAGGAAAUCAUAGAAUGAUAGAUGAUGAUGAUUUCGAAAUGGUUUGGUUGAAUUUUGAACCUUGGGAUGAAUUGAAAUUGGAAACUGAUUAUGAUAUUAGGUUGAUACCUAGAUGGGCAUGGGAUGAUGAGGAGGAAGAACAUUCCGAAGAUGCAGCACAUCCAAAUGAAGUUGAAUUGCCGUCUAAUUCAAAAGGAGUAGAAACUAAUUUAUAUAAUAUGUAA